UCCAGCCGAACCAAGCUCAACCCGCAUUGACUCGAAAACUUUGGCUCUUUCUCUAAAUCUCUGUUGACUAAAGUUGACCAAAAUGGGCAACUGCAAUGGCCUCCCAUCUGACCUAACUCAACUGCCAACCACCACCACCGCCUCCGCAGAAUCUGAGCCCCACUCCAAUGCCCUCAAGAUUCACCCUCCAUCUUCUUCUUCCUCCAACGUCUCAACCAACACAUCAACCAUAGGCCGCGUCUUGGGCCGGCCCAUGGAGGACGUCCGAUCCACUUACAUCUUCGGCCGCGAGCUCGGACGCGGUCAGUUUGGCGUCACUUACUUGGUAACGCACAAAGAAACUAAACAACAAUUCGCGUGCAAGUCAAUCGCCACGCGGAAGCUCAUCAACCGGGAUGACAUCGAAGACGUGCGUCGCGAAGUUCAGAUCAUGUACCACCUCACUGGUCACAGGAAUAUCGUGGAGCUGAAAGGCGCGUACGAGGACCGCCACUCAGUCAACUUGGUGAUGGAGUUGUGUGCGGGAGGGGAGCUGUUUGAUCGGAUCAUAGCUAAGGGACAUUAUUCUGAGAGAGCUGCUGCCAAUUUGUGUCGACAGAUUGUGACUGUGGUGCAUAAUUGUCAUUCUAUGGGGGUUAUGCAUAGGGAUUUGAAGCCUGAGAAUUUCUUGUUUUUAAACACCGAUGAGGAUUCGCCUUUGAAAGCUACUGACUUUGGCCUCUCUGUGUUUUUCAAGCCAGGAGACGUGUUCAAGGACCUUGUUGGAAGUGCAUAUUAUGUAGCUCCUGAGGUAUUGCGCAAGAGUUAUGGAGCUGAGGUUGAUAUUUGGAGUGCUGGAGUGAUACUAUACAUUCUUCUUAGUGGAGUUCCUCCAUUUUGGGGAGAAAAUGAACAAGGUAUCUUCAAUACCAUUCUGCGGGGGCAUCUCGAUUUCUCAUCUGAUCCUUGGCCCAGCGUAUCCAAUAGUGCCAAAGACCUUGUCAAGAAGAUGCUGCGUGCUGAUCCUAGAGAAAGGCUUUCAGCUGUUGAAGUAUUGAAUCAUCCAUGGAUAAGAGAAGACGGUGAUGCCUCUGAUAAGCCUCUUGAUAUUGCUGUUUUAACUAGAAUGAAGCAAUUCAGGGCAAUGAACAAACUCAAAAAAGUAGCUCUAAAAGUAAUUGCUGAAAAUCUUUCUGAAGAAGAAAUUAUGGGUUUGAAGGAAAUGUUCAAAUCCAUUGACACGGAUAAUAGUGGAACCAUCACUUAUGAAGAGUUGAAAGCUGGUCUUUCUAAGCUUGGCACCAAGCUGUCUGAGACUGAAGUGAAGCAGUUAAUGAAAGCAGCUGACGUUGACGGAAAUGGAACCAUUGAUUACAUUGAAUUCAUAACAGCUACUAUGCACAUGAACAGAAUGGAAAGAGAGGAACACUUAGACAAAGCCUUUGAAUAUUUUGACAAGGACAACAGUGGUUACAUUACUAUGGAAGAACUGGAGCAUGCCCUUAAGAAGUAUAAUAUGGGUGAUGCGAAAACAAUAAAAGAGAUUAUCGCAGAAGUUGACACAGACAAUGAUGGAAAAAUUAACUAUGAUGAGUUUGUGGCCAUGAUGAAAAAAGGCAACCCAGAUAUAGUCACAAAGAGACGGCGAAAGUGAGCCUAUUACAUUUGGCAUGUUUGCUAGCUCAGAUUCCUGGUGUUUUGACUGGGUAUAAUCUCAAUUUAAUCUACCACCAGAGAGAUAAUACACGGUUGGUUGUACUUGAUUGUUUGUGCUUUUUUAUAUCUGCGUUUUACAUGCUUAGGUAGAUAAACACCUAUGAUCUAUAUUGGGAGAACAUAGUUGUUUUCAAGGUUUUGGUUAAAUUGUUGGCUCAAUGCUUGAAUAUGUAAAGACUAUUUUGAAUGUAUAUGAAUUCUGUACUUAAGUGUAGGGCACCUUUAUGUCAUUCCAGGUUUGUCUUACAAUGACUCUUCUAUAUUGAUAUUGAAGUGGGUGAUAAGUUUAUGCUUUCAA